CUUCUCAAACCAGGAUCCUUUUUCAUCUCCCUCCAGUUCUCUCCUCUCCUCUCCUCUCUCGGCUCAAUGCAUAAGUUUCAGUUUCACCCCUCUUUCUCUUAAUAUUUUCAUGUAGUUAUUAGUGUAUAGAAAGGAAUUAUAUAUGUGAACAUAUAAUUGAUCAUAUAUGGAAAGCUCCAAUUGUAUGGGAUUUAUGGCAGUCUUCGCCGUCUCCAGCAGCAUCGCCAUCGUCACGUUCCAAGCUCACAAGCGCCUCCUUUCUGAUUUCAUGAGGAAGGCCCAACUCGAGCUCGUUGAAGGAACUGGGCCCAAGAUGAGGCCCAAGAGUGGGCCCAAGAAGAAGGUGAGAUUUGCUCCUGAUGUUGUCGAGCCAUCUUCUAACAAUGACCCCUUGCUUUGGUUGUUGGUUAAUUUGAUAGUUGAAGGAACUGGGCCCAAGAUGAGGCCCAAGAGUGGGCCCAAGAAGAAGGUGAGAUUUGCUCCUGAUGUUGUCGAGCCAUCUUCUAACAAUGAGGAAUAUAGGAGGAGGAGAUCAAAAGCUCAAAGUUGAUCAUGACGAACUAACUAAAGCUCCUCUCCUCUCCUCUCUUAUUGUAUUUGUA